ACAUGCGCGUAGUUUGUGACGUUAACAGACGGUGCUUCUGUGCCCGCGUAUGUUUACGCUCGUUCCUUUCGAGACAGACCCGGCAAAAUGGACGAUAUAGCACUGCGGGCGUCUGAUCAUGUUUUAGAGGUGAUAUUCUCGUAUCUGGACCUGCACACGCUGAGGAACUGCUCGCUGGUGUGCAAGCGGUGGUAUCGCUUCCUCAACGACGAGAACAACGACGUGUGGCGAAUGCACUGCAUAAGAAAGCUCGCCCAGGAGGCCCUCAGCUCCGACUUGUUGUCGUCGGUGCCCACGUACAAGUCGAAGCUGCGAGCGUUCUAUCACGCGUGGAAUCCGAACGAUUGUUCGCGGAACGUUUACAUAAAACCCAACGGAUUCACCCUGCACAGAAAUCCUGUAGCGCAGAGUACAGAUGCAUGUAGAGGCAAAAUAGGCUUUCGACAUGGACGUCAUGCCUGGGAAGUUAUCUGGGAAGGACCAUUAGGAACAGUAGCGGUAAUAGGAAUAGCCACUAAGGAAGCACCCUUAUUAUGUCAUGGAUACGUAGCAUUGCUUGGCUCCGAUGAACAUUCCUGGGGCUGGAACCUUGUCGAUAAUCAUUUGCUACAUAAUGGGGAUCCACAGGGAAAUUAUCCUUUACUCAACAAUGCUCCAAAAUAUCAGGUUGGGGAGAGAAUUAGAGUAAUUUUAGAUUGUGAUGAUAAUACGUUAUCUUUUGAGAAGAAUUAUGAAUUCCUGGGUGUCGCUUUUAGAGGGUUACCAGAUAAAAGAUUAUAUCCAUCGGUAUCGGCGGUUUAUGGAAAUACAGAAGUGUCUAUGGUAUAUUUAGGACCACCAUUGGAUGGCUAACACAUUAUAUUAAAAAGAACAUAUCCUCAAAAAGCUCAUUUGAGGCUGUACAUUGCAUUCUUAAUGCCAAGUUUUCUGCACUAUACCGAAAUUGUCUACGUUUAAGUAGAAAAAGCACACGAUGACAAACUGUACAAUAUUUACAGAGUAUGUGUGCAUAUAGAUUACUUGGUCGAUACUGUAAAUAAUAGAAAUUUUAUUUUACUUAAUUGCAAAAUUUACAUUUAGUUUAAACGAUUAAAUCAAUCACUUGAUUGACGUAAUUGUAUAUGUUAUACAUGGAAGUUUUAAGUGACAUUAGUUUUCAAAUUAUUAUAUACAUUAUAUUUAUCAAAAUGUUUUAAUUAUUUAAUCUAUUUUAUUUUUACUAAAAUAUUUUUGUCAGAUGAGAUGCUACAAAAUUACAUUACAUUCAAAUAAAAUUGGGAAUUAAUCUACAAUUAAAGUACAUAUAUAAAUUUGUUAUACUUAAUGCCUCCAUGUAGUAUUAUUUUUAUUAUAUAAUUAUACAGAAAGACAAAAUGUUUGCAAUGUUUUAUAUUUAUUAAUUUAUAACAAUCUCAGUUUAUUUAUGUAAUUUAUAAUAUUUUCAGAAGAUUUCUUUCAAAUAGGAUUUCAAUCAGUUGUCCUUAAAUAACUGUAAAUAUUUAAAUAAUUUUUGCAUUUGUUUGCAUUUGUUCCUUGGUAUUGUUAUAAUAAUUUCAAGACAUUCGUUAUAUCAUUACUUUUUUAUUUCUAGAAUUAAUGAACUCGUUAUAUUCUUCCUCAAUGUUCAUAUUCUUUUUAGUAUAUGUAUAUAACUUAUGUAAUUAAUUUAUAUUAUAAAUGAUACAUCACCAGCCAAAGAAAAAACAAUAAGAAAAUCUUACUUUGUAAAGCUCAAUAUAUGAUUUGCUUAUUUCUUGUGAUUUAGUGUGUUCAUCUUCAUGUAUAGAAAACUAAGAAUUUUUAUGAUGGAUUAUAUUUUUUUAUAUUACAAUUAAAAAUGGCUUUCAGAAAUGUUUCUUCAUGUAAUAGUAUACAGGGUGUGUCCACUUCAAGUGUUCAUUGAGUAUAGCUACAUUAUUUUUUGUACAAGAUUAAAUUAUGAAAAUAAUUAUGUAACAUAAUAAAAUCAAAUAGUGAACUGAGAGGCUUUUUUUUAAGGCCUUAUUCAGUAGAUAUAAAAAUUACUUGUUUUAAGUAAAUAAUUAAAUUUUACGUUUUCCGUUUCUAAAAUAAUGAUUUACAUGUUUUUGUAAUUAACAUAAUUUCAUUAGAAACACAAUUUCAUUAACAUAAUUUCAUUAGAAAAAAAUACAAAAAAGAAAGGAGAAAGAGAAAAUCUUCAAUAACCGUAAAGCAUUGUCUAAUGCAACAUUUUUUUUUUACAUAUUUCUAAAUAUUUAACACCCUUACGUCUUACAUUAAAGAGAUAUGAUUUGAAUUUCAAGUCAUCAUAUAUUUUAUUCUACGUUACUACUGAAAUCUAAUAUCAUUUUAAUAUCUUGUGUAUAUGCUAUAUAAAUUUUUAUGCCACUAUUGUGGAUGAAUGAAUGACACAAAAAAGAUACUUAAUACAUAAUAUUUUAAAGGCUGUCCGUUUCAUUUAUUAUCUAGUGAAUUUUUAUGUUAAUGACAUAUAUUUAUACAUAUAUAAAUAUGAAAAUAUAUAUAAAUACAGAUAAAAUUUUAUAUAAACACAGAUUGUAUAUUACAAUCUGUGUUUAUAAGUAAUGCUGUUUUUAAUAUAAAAUUGAAUACUGAUGGUUAGAGUGAAACUAGGUGUGAUCAGUAAGACAAUUAUUUAUAAUUGUACAUAUUUAUUGUAAUGAUUGCGUUUGCUGUAUGUAGUGUUCGUGAAUUAGUUUUUCUAAACUUUUGUACAGAAAUCGUGUACAUAGUGAUUAUAAAUAUUUGGGAAAUAAACUUUAUUUCGUAUGUACUUGUGAGUUUUGUUCGUUCACUUUUAUAGCAGCCUUCAUGUCUCUGAUAAGGAUUCCAUUGCAUUUUAACCGUUGUUAAUUAAAUAGGCGUAAUAAAUAAAUAAAUCGUAUGACAUAAAUAAGUCGCAGCUAGACCCAGACAAAUUCUUUAUUCAUUUUUACCCAAAAUCUUACAAUGUUUUCACAACUCGAAGUCGCUAGUGAUAGUGUAACAAUGUUACACAUAUAUCUAUCUCAGAUAUCUCUGAGUACCUGAAUAUUAACUCGUGGAUUUGAGAGAUUACCAUGGCGAUACAUCAAAUCAAAAGCCUUUUAUAAUUAAGUACUGAUGCUAAGACUGCCUCUCUUCUUAUUAAUUCUGUUCGAGUGGAGAAAUGCUUUCAAAUGCGAGAGUUUACAAAUUUCAAAAAUGUCAUUUAAUCUUGUUAAAUAGGCGCAGUUGUUUGGUGAGAGUGAUAUUGUACAGAGUGACAAAGAAACUUAGUUACAAUAAUACUAUAUUCUCAGUGUGCAAAUUUGUACGCAGUCCACUAGACGCAGCCAAUGUUGGGUAUUUACGCGCGUGACAUGAAUUAUUAUUUAAUGUGUACUUUAAAUGAACGAAUUAAUAAAGAGCAGUGGUUUCAUAUUAUUCAUCUAUUUACAUAGACUGUCUCAUCAGUAUUUUUUUAAUUUUUUUUAAUUGUCUUUUUAUUCUUGAGAAACACUAUGAAUUUAAAGUUGUAUUAAAAAUCUAGCACAAUUUAAAUGCUUAUCAAAUGCAAAAUACUAAAAUAAAAUUCCCUUUACAUUAACUAAAAAAUUUUUAUUUUGUUUCUUCUGUAGAAUGUUUCAAAAAGACACCUUUUUGGUGUAGAAUUUUAAUUGCGCAGCAUUUUUCACUUGUCACAUGUUUUUUGUAUCGUACUAUCAUUUGUUAAGCAAUUAUUAUUUCACAACUAUUAUUUA